GAACAACUUCUACGAGCGUUAGAUUUCCGAAACAAGUUUUCUUCUCGCCCAUAUUUACCCUCACGUGUAAUACCUCCGGAAAGAAAAAAGAUUCUUUUCAGUGAUAUUGUAGAAAUUAGAUGGCCUGAUCCUGCUGUGGCUGAUCUGACGAGAUGUAUGGACAACGGCAGCGUGAAGAUCUCGUCAGUAGAUGGUUAUGCUCACCUCCACCUGUCAGAAUUGCAGCAAGAAUUUACAGUGGAGUUCUUAUGCAAAGUCAGCCAGUCAUGUGCAGCAUCCUUACGCUCCUCUCAAAAGAACAACAACUAUAAAACCAGAGAUCAGUAUGGAAAAUCAAGUGAAAAUUCUGUUGCUGAAAUGUCAUCGAAACAAAUGAGACUUGAGAGUAAGAAGAAUGAACACAGUUGUGCAGAAGGUAAAUACAGUGAGCCAACCAAACCAAAGGACCAAAAAGACAGAGAUGGAGUCCCUUUGUUCUACACAAAUUGCUCUUUUGAAUACACAUGGGUUAAGCAGCGUUGGUCUGUUUCCUCCUACCCAGAAGAAUGGAAAUACCCUUUGUCGUUGGCACUAAUGUGCUAUAACUUACACACUGUUAAGAGUAUAAAGAAGACAUAUGAGAAAAACAGCCAUACAUCUAUAGAAGCUGAUGUUUCAGUAGGCCCUGAAACACAUGAAACAGUUUCUCGUCUACCUACAGCUUUGCCACUCAGCUGCAGAGCCCCACAUUUACACAGGUGGACUUUCUCUGACUUCUUUCGGAAUCAAGAUACUGAAAAGUAUUCAUGCCCUCAGCUAAUUGAAAUUGUAUGGUGCCAGGGUGUUUUUUAUAGAUUUAUCCAUGGUAGGACAAACAUCACAGAAAUUUAUCCUGGUGAUGACUCAUUUUUCAAGUCAGAGGGAGCAUUUCUGGGAAACUAUUUCAUACAUUAUGCAAUCCAAAAAACAACAAAGCAGAAAGAAGAAAAGAUGUAUUCAGUAAACAGCCUACCUCCUGAUGUACCAGGAAAUCCAUACUCUAUAUCCUCCAUCAUUAUUCAGGCAACCAAAAUACUUCAGUACUGCUACAAGACUAAACUAUCAUUAACUCAUAACUAUCAUCUCUGCUGCUGGAAAAUGGUACCUGAGACAGAUGGACGAGAAAUGUUGCCAAUUUUGCUGUAUGAAAAGGUUAUUCCCAGUAUAGGAAGACUCAUUGUGUACUCAGAUCAUAAAGUCCAUGCUGUUUUUUGGGAUGGUAUGACCUUGAAUAUGGUCUGGGAUUUCAGUUCUUCCUGUAGUAAGAUCCAGGUAAAUGAAGAUGGAGGCUGGUGUAAGUUAACUACGCCUGAUGGGGUGCAGCAGCUAAUCCAAAUAAGUAAUCCUGGAAUCUAUGAAAGGUACAUCAGAACAGCAAUAGAAUGGUGCAGAAGUUUGAAUGAAAGGAAGGAGAUUCCUGAAUGUACUGCACACUCUGUAACUGAAGAAAAUUGGUCUGCUGAUGCUGAGCUCAAAAAAAUACAGAGAUUUAACUUUUUAUUGGAUAAUAGCAAUGUUCUGGAAAGGACAACUGCUGCAAAAUCUACUCCAUCUGGUAUUACUGUCAGAAAAAGAGAAAACGAGAUUGAGCCAGAAGAAAUCACUGAAGGGUGUGUCUUGCAGGCUUUGGAAAAAACUUCUGAAGUUAUUAAGGAUAUUGAAUCUCUGCUUGCAGCUUCUGAGAAGUGA